AUGUUUCCAGAGGAGCUGAGGUAUUAUAGGAGUGAGGAGGAUCUGGGAGCAGCAAUGAAGAGCAAGAAGGAUCCCAUCCCUCCUCUGGAGUGUGUCGAAGAAUUGAAAAGAUUGCAGAAUCCUUUAAAACAAGUUAAUGAUGGAAAAUAUCUACUUGAAAAUCACCAGGUGGCCAUGGAUGUGGAGAAUAAUAUCGAAAAGUAUCACCUCAAUCUACAGCCCUUGGAAUCAAAGGUGAAAAUCAUUCAGCGAGCGUGGCGCGAGUACCUGCAGCGGCAGGACCCCCUGGAGAAGAGGAGCCCGUCCCCGCCCUCCGUGUCCUCAGACAAGCUGAGCAGCUCCGUCAGCAUGAACACCUUCUCGGACAGCAGCACACCCCCCCAUGAAAGGAAAGCGACUCUGCUCUAACUUGACUGGCCUGCCAGACCCACUGGGUUUGUGUAUAUUCUCAGGGAGCCCCAGACAGGAAGGCUUGGUUUUACCACCCUCUGA